AUGAAGCUCAACCUCACUAUAACGCUUCUUCUUUCAGCGACACUGUCGGCACUGGCUAAUCCAUUGUACCGUUGCAAACGUAACGAGGACGGCACUAUCGAUAAAAGAUGUCCUCGCUACGACCACUGUAAUUGCAAAAUGUGGGUCCCUGGGAAGGAUCAAAACUCAAAACAUCAGUACCUUGAAGGCGACUUCCCGGUCGGUCCGGGACCAAUUGUAGGAGAGAUGACGGUAAAGGGAGGAGCAGGACAGGGCAGCAUCUGCAAUGUAGGCUGGGACCGAAGCGACGACGUAUGUGGAUACUGGAAUCAAACGUCGGGCCCGACUGGAAAUGGAUGCCAACAGUAUAAGAAUAUUUGGUUCAGCUGCGACCAGAUUCUGACAAAUGAUUAA